AUGCCGGCUAAACUCAAGGUUUUAAAAGGAUACAAGGAUUGUUCAGAGAUUUUGAAUGGAGACCCCAGUAAAAAAGGACAAGAUGGAGUUUACGUUAUUUUCGCUGACACUCUGAGAGAUGUCUUCUGUGACAUGACGACAGAUGGAGGAGGGUGGACGAUAUUUCAGAAAAGAGAAGAUGGCGACUUGGAUUUUUACAGGACAUGGAACGAGUACAAACAUGGAUUUGGUAAUGCCUCUAAAAACUACUGGUUAGGGAAUGACGCAAUCCACUUUUUAACCAAGGAUCGGAACCAAGAACUCCGAGUUGAUCUCCAGAGUUUUAGUGGAGAACAGGCUUAUGCUGUGUACACUACAUUUUACAUUGGAGAUGAAGACGAUAAAUAUACCCUGACAGUAUCUGGAUACAGCGGAACAGCGGGUGACAAUUUGGUAUGGUACAAUAGAAUGAAAUUUUCAACAAAAGAUCAGGACAAUGACAUGGAAAGUAAAGAUAACUGUGCUCUAUCCCGACACGGAGCCUGGUGGCACCACAUCUGUUACGAAUCAAACCUUAACGGACUGUACGGACAGUCUGGAGUGUCUGGUAAAAAUUACACGACAUGGCAUGAGUGGAAAAGAUAUGAAGCAUUAAAACAGACUGUGAUGAUGAUCAGAAACAAAGACUUGAGUCAAUUCUGA